CUCAGAGGGGGCUCAGCUUGGACAUCAUCAGGAAUUUCCUCAUGGAAAGGUUGGAAGGGGCCACCCAGGGAGGUUUGGAGCCACCCAAGGAAUUUCCACACAUGUCACUCCCUGCUCAGGGCACCGAUCGGGCACAGCUCAGCCCAUCCUUGCCAGGAUCCACCCUUAACCACUCCAUAAUCCCAUUUUCCAGCAUUUCCCCUUCCCACCAUCCACCAUGGAGCUGCCCAGCACCAAAGACUUCCACUGGAAGCGCCUGGCCCCGCUGCCGAGCCGCCGGGUGUACUCCACGCUGGUGGAGGCGGGCGGGCAGGUCUUCGCCGUGGGCGGCUGCGACGACAACGGCGUCCCCGUGGAUUCCUUCGAGGUUUAUUCCCCCGAGGCCGACCGGUGGACACCACUGCCCGCCAUGCCCACGGCCAGGGCCGGCGUGGCCGUCACCGUGCUGGGCAAGAGGAUCAUGGUGAUUGGCGGCGUGGGCGCUGACCAGCUGCCGCUGAAGGUGGUGGAGAUGUACAACACGGAUGAAGGGCGCUGGAGGAAGCGCAGCUCGCUGCGGGAGGCGGCCAUGGGCAUCUCAGUGACAGCCAAAGAUUACAGGGUGUACGCCGCGGGCGGGAUGGGCUCGGACCUGAGGCCCCACAACUUCCUGCAGCACUAUGACGUGCUCAAGGACAUCUGGGUGUCCCUGGCUGCCAUGCCCACGCCCCGCUACGCGGCCACGUCUGUCCUGAGGGGCACCAAGAUCUACGUGCUGGGGGGAAGGCAAUCCAAGUACGCCGUCAACGCCUUCGAGGUCUUCGACACGGACACCCGGUCGUGGACCAAAUUCCCCAGCAUUCCCAACAAAAGGGCCUUCUCCAGCUUCGUGGCCACUGAGGAAAAGCUCUUCAGCCUCGGGGGGCUGCGGCAGGGCCGGCUCUACCGGCAGCCCAAGUUCAUGAGGACCGUGGACGUGUUUGAUCUCGAGCAAGGUGGGUGGAUGAAGAUGGAGCGCUCCUGCUACCUGAAGAAAAGGCGAGCAGACUUCGUGGCCGGCUACCUGCGAGGCAGAGUUGUCGUGGCUGGGGGCCUGGGUGAGCCUUUGGAACUGCAGAAACCCUUCAAAAACUUGUGGGAAUUGUCAUCCCGAGAAAGGGAGACACCCCAGGAAAGGGAGACAUCCCGGGAAAGGGAGACAUCCCGGGAAAGGGAGACAUCCUGGGAAAGGGAGACACCCCAGGAAAGGGAGACAUCCUGGGAAAGGGAGACACCCCAGGAAAGGGAGACAUCCCAGGAAAGGGAGACAUCCUGGGAAAGGGAGACAUCCUGGGAAAGGGGGGACAUCCCAGGAAAGGGUGACAUUCCAGGAAAGGGAGACAUCCCGGAUGCCAUUCGGAGCUCUGAGGACGCCGUUCAAAGCUCUGAGGUCACCUUUUGGAGCUCCGAGGACGCCGUUUGGAGCCCUGAGAACACCGUUCGGAGCUCCAGGGAUGCCGUUCGGAGCUACGAGGUCGCUAUUUGGAGCUCCAAGGACACCGUUCAGAGCCCAGAGAACACCAUUCGGAGUUCCGAGGUCACUGUUCGGAGCUCCGAGGACCCCGUUCAGAGCUCUGAGAACGCCGUUUGGAGCUCUGAAGUCACCAUUCAGAGCUCCGAGGUCGCCGUUCAGAGCUCCGAGGUCGCCGUUUGGAGCUCCGAGGUCGCCGUUCGGUGCUCCGAGGUCGCCGUUUGGAGCUUCGAGGUCGCCGUUCGGAGCUCCGAGGACCCCGUGCGGCCGCCGCGGACACGGCGGGGACAGAGGGAGCCACGGCCGGGAUCCGGCUCCUUCUCCCUGUUAUUCCAGAAAUCCUGGGGAGCCGGGCCGAGCUCUCAUUCCUGGGAAUGA